GCGUGUACUUCCGAUUAUUGCGUUGUCAAAUGUCAAAAAUAAAGAUGUUGCCGGCGAUGGCUAAAUUACGAAUUUCUUUUGUAUUUUUACUUUACAUCUUAAUAAAAUGUGAAAGUGCUAAUGUCGACUCAAUAUCUAGUGAUAUAAGAUUGAAAAAUGUCGACCGGCUAGUAGAUAUAUCGUCGCAACUCGUAAAAAUUACAUCGAAAAUAACCUUGGAGAACACUGGUGCUUCGCCGGUAAAGAAUUUCCUGAUAGCCAUUGAAGAAUCUGCAAAGAACAAUGUUGCAUUUGUUGGUGCUAAGGAUAGCAACAAUAAAGAUUUAAAACUUGUCGAGACUACCGUAAAGGGUUAUGAGUAUGUCAGGUUCUGGCGUGUGGAACUCAAAGAUGCUAUCAACUCGGGCGCUACACCGUUAGUCACAGUAGAAACAGUUUUCACAAAAGCUCUCUUACCAUACCCCACAGCCAUUACUCAACAAGAAGACCAACUAGUCAAAUACAUCGGCAACUUGUACACGUACUCGCCGUAUUACAUUACUUCUAUGAAAACAAGCGUUGUUCUAAACACUAAGAGCGUUGAAACGUUCACUAAGGUGAAACCUUUCACUCAACAAGAUGGUAUGAUUCAGUAUGGUCCUUAUCCUAACUUGAAACCUUUCAGUGAGAAGGAAUUGCUCAUCCACUACAAGAACAAUGCUCCAUUCCUGACUGUCACACGUGUCGAGAGGUUGAUUGAGGUGUCUCACUGGGGCAAUAUUGCUGUGGAGGAGGUCAUUGAGAUUGAACACACAGGUGCCAAGUUGAAGGGCCCAUUCUCCCGUUAUGACUACCAACAAGAUCACCACAGUGGGCCCGCUAGUGUCAGGUCUUAUAAGACUCUGCUGCCUGCUGCUGCCUCAGAUGUGUACUACAGAGACACUAAUGGUAACAUCUCCACUUCCAAUAUGAAGGUGAAGAAAGACUCCGUCGAGCUGGACUUGAGACCUAGGUAUCCUCUGUUUGGUGGAUGGAGAACUCACUACACACUUGGCUACAAUGUGCCCAGCUAUGAGUACUUGUAUCAAUCUGGCAGUGACUACCUAUUGAAGAUGAGGAUUGUUGAUCAUAUCUUUGAUGAUAUGCAAGUUGACGAGGUGGUCACAAAGAUUAUCUUGCCUGAAGGUUCAACAAGUGUGAAAGUAAACCUGCCAUACCCUGUAACUAGAUUGCCGGACAGCCUGCACUUCACCUACCUGGACACGAAAGGCCGUCCUGUGAUCUCAUUCAGUAAGAAGAAUAUUGUGGAGAACCACAUCCAAGACUUCCAACUACGCUACACAUUCCCACGCCUCCUCAUGUUGCAGGAGCCUCUACUUGUUGUAGGAUUCCUCUUUGCCUUAUUCCUGUGUGUAAUAGUCUAUGUAAGAUUAGAUUUCUCUAUUCAUAAGUCUGAACAUCCUCAUAAAGAAUAAAUUUACCAUAAAAUAGCACUUAAUAUAUUUAAUUUCUAUUACUUAUGUUUAAAUGAAACACAUCUAGUUCUUGUGCAAUGUUAUGUGCUGAUUACAAGUGAUUUUUAAUUA